AUGAACUUUUCAGACCUAAGCGUCGAGCUAUUAGCACACGUGCUGAGCUUCGCCGUAUCUCGCGACGUAGAGUCUCUUACUGUAGCUUCUUCUGUGGUCGCUCGAGACGUGUUGCCUUCGUUCCCAAUCAUCUGGAAGCACAUUUUUUGUCGUCGCUGGGAGUCGCUCAAUUUUCCACUGGACGGUGUAGCGAAAGGCGACGCACGGCUUGAAAUCAAUGAAAACUUGAACGCUCGAUUCCCCAGUUCGUGCACAGAAAGCCGUCGAUUCCAGUUGCUGGCGCACGCCAUCACCCCCGUGCCUUCUUAUGCAGAUAUAGAACUGACCAAAAAGGCUCUGGGAUACUCCGAUGAAUACCAUCGCAUUAUUCCAGUGCAGACUCCAGAAUUAAUGGAACUAUUCCCUGUUACCUUUGCUCUGGACGGGGAAAUGCUAGGAAAUGACCGAUGCGUUCAAGCGAAUAAGCCGUUCCCUAUAUCACUCUAUUUUGCUGUGUAUAAGCGCAACCCAACAAAUGAAGACAUAGCUAAGGGUGACCUACGACCGGUAUUUCAAGUCGGCGGUGUUCGUGGAGGAUACUUUGAGCUAAGCUUGUCGAAACGGCAGCACCAACAUGCGAGGUCUCGUUCUAGGACCGGUCAAGACGCGAUGACAUCUAUAGGUCUGAUCGAGUCUACAUUUCCGUUGGUGGGCAAGCAACCAGGGUGGACACGUAGGUCUUUUGGGUAUCACGGCGACGACGGUCGGUUAUAUCAUGGCAGUGCGUUUGAGGGUCAACCUUUUGGUCCAGUGUUCGGAGCUGGAUGCACUGUUGGUUGCGGAAUCCGAGUCGAAUGGGGCGCGUGGACGUAUGUGUUUUUCACAAACAAUGGCGAAUUAGUAGCGGACGAAGAUGGAGCGUUCGUGGCGUGCUCGCGCCUAGAAUGGUAUCCAGCAGUUGGGCUCGACUCAUACGAUGCAUUGCAUCUUAACUUUGGCCAAGAACCGUUCGUAUAUAGCACGGAUGAGCUAUUUGACGAGUGCAACGGCAUGGGGGAACUGCGGUGGUACGAUAUUUGCGAUUCCGAGAAUGAAAGCUCCGAAGAAGAAGAAAGCAGCAGUGGGGAUUCUUCUGGAGACGAUUACAUGUCUGACGGUUGA